AUGUCCAAGUGCAAAUAUGAAGAAGAGCUGAACAGACGAACAAAUACAGAAAACGAGUUUGUCUUGCUCAAGCAGAAAGUUGAUGCUGCAUAUGAACAUCAGAAGGAACUGGAAAUGAAGAAGGAGCUGCUGAAAGAGACUGUAGAAUUCCUGAGAGCUUUCUUUGCAGAGGAACGCACUGUGCUGGACUGUCAACUUUAUGAUACAUCUGUAGUUGUCAGCAUGGACAACAGCAGAGGCCUGGACAUGGAUGCCCUGAUCCAGCACAUUGAAAGAUGGUAUCAGAGCAUCGCACUAAGAAGCAAAGAAGAAGCUAACAUCUUUUACAAGAGCCAGAUUGAGGAUCUCCAGAACAAACGAUGCAAGUUCCAUGCAAACCUGGAAAAAAACAACAAUGAAAUUACUGAGCUAAAACGGGUGAUACAGAUAAUGCAGUUGCAGACAGAUAAUGAGAAGAAGAAGGUUGCUUCUCUGCAGGCAGCCAUUGGUGACACUGAAAAACAAGGUGACCAUUCUCUUAAAGAUGCCCAAGAUAAGCAACAAGAACUACAGAACCGCCUGCAGGAUUCCAAGGACAAAUUGGCUGGCCUCUUGAGGGAUUAUCAUGAACUCAUGAAUAUUAAACUGGCCCUUGAUAUUGAGAUUGCCACAUACAAGACAUUACUGGAAGGAGAAGAAAACAGGUGA